CACAGUGCAUAGCAGAUCCUGUGGAACCGAGAUGCACUGAUUCUCUCUCUCUCUGUGUUAUUGUGAAUGUGAGCUGACCUCACGAGGCUUUUCUCUCACCAUGGUCGCAUUACUUUGUGAGGAUCAGAGUCCACGCGCUGAUAACGGAAGUGAGAGAGAAGCUGCCAUUUGGACAUUUUAUAGUUCGUUGUGCAGCUUCUGAAGACCCAAGAAGAAGUUGAUAAACUCGGUGGACAGCUGUGUGGACGAGGCCAUCUGGGGCCUCGUGAGGGCCAGCGGGGGCCUGUCUCUGCUGAAGGGCCACAGAGUCGUGCUCCGGUCCGACUUGGACAAGCUGAGGGGCCGCGUGGCCCUGCUGUCCGGCGGGGGGUCGGGUCACGAGCCGGCACACGGGGGUUAUCUCGGGGCAGGUAUGCUGUCAGCGGCUGUAGCGGGCGGCGUGUUUGCCUCUCCGCCUCCUGCCAGCAUCCUGGCCGCCAUCCUCAGCCUGCACGCUGCGGGAGCCUCGGGGGUCCUCCUCAUCGUGAAGAACUACACCGGCGACCGCCUCAACUUCGGCCUGGCCGCCGAGCAGGCCCGCCGCCGCGGCGUCGCCGUGGACACGGUGACCGUUGCCGAGGACUGCGCCUUUGACCGGCCCGGCAAGGCGGGGAGGAGGGGCUUGUGCGGCACCAUCUUCGUGCACAAGCUGGCGGGCGCCUUGGCGGAAGAAGGCUCCUCAUUGGCCCGGAUCGUCUCCACGGUGACGGAGGUGCUGCAGGGCGUCGGGACGCUCGGGGUGAGCCUGUCGCCGUGCAGCGUGCCGGGCUCCCUGCCUUCGUUUGAGCUGCCGCCGGGAGUCAUGGAGCUGGGCCUGGGAAUCCACGGAGAACCUGGAAUCAAAAGGUCAAAGGUGGUGUCCGCAGACGAGGUGGUGAAGACCAUGAUAGAUCACAUGACCAACCCUGGCAGCCAAUCACAUCUGCCCCUGAAACCAGGGGACGCCGUGGUGGUGUGUGUGAACAACCUCGGCGCUCUGUCCUGCCUGGAGAUGGCCGUGGUUACCAGGGCGGCCAUCGUGUGCCUGGAGGGUCGCGGCGUGGUGGUUGCCAGGGUGAUGUCGGGGUCGUUCAUGACGUCGCUGGAGAUGGCGGGAGUGUCGCUGAGCCUGAUGAGGGCCGACCAGGAGACACUGAGGCUGUUUGAUGCCAAGACCAGCGCACCGGCCUGGCCGAACCUCAGCAGCGCGUGCGUCAGCGGACGCAACUACGUGACCGAGCCUCAGGCGGCGAGCGGACGGCCCCAAGACGACGCGCACUCUGACGGGCCUCUGAGUCCUGUGAUGCGUGCCGCGCUGGAGAGGGUUUGUUCCGCCCUGUUGGAGAAGCAGGACGAGCUCAACGCGCUGGACCGCGCCGCGGGGGACGGCGACUGUGGGAACACUCACGCGCAGGCGGCUGGAGCCAUUCGGGAGUGGCUCCAGCAUCACGUGGUCCCUGGUUGCCCCGGACGACUGCUGUCGGUCCUCGCUGGAUUGGUGCAGGAUAAGAUGGGCGGGUCUUCGGGGGCGUUGUACAGUCUGUUCCUGACGGCAGCGGCGGGUCAUGUGACCGAGGAGCAGAGCAACGCUGCAGCCUGGGCUACUGCAAUGCAUGCUGGGACACAGGCCAUGAGGAGGUACGGCGGAGCCGACCCUGGAGACAGAACAAUGUUGGACGCUCUGUGUCCCGCUGUGGACGAGCUGAUGAAGCUGACAACGGCACCGCCUGGUGGACAGAUCGCGGUACUACGGGCGGCCGUGCAGAAGGCGGCCGCGGGGGCGGAGUCGACCCGUGACCUCGCGGCGAGGGCCGGGCGAGCCAGCUACAUCGCAGCCGAGCGCGUCACCCUCCCGGACCCCGGCGCCGUGGCUGUGGCGUCCGUCCUGAGGGCCGUGCUGGAGUCCCUGGAGGGGGGAGCGGGGGAGUGAUGGAGGGGAGCAGAUCCUGGCUAAUGUUGGACCAGACACUGCACAUCCAGUAGAGAGUCAGGGAACUGUGAAAAAUAAUUUUAUUUGAUUUAAAAAUGACUGACAAUCCAGGUCAUUUUUAGUAAGGCUUGAAUACAUUUUUACUUAUUUUAUUAAUGAUUUAGUUGAACGCAUAGCUGGAGAGAGUGGUUAAAUUGUGAAUUUGAACAUUUUUGUUUGCAAUAAAAACAAUUGAUGCAUAAGGUUGUUGAACAUUCCUAAUCUUCCUAAGCUGCUGCUAGUAGUAAUAAUUAAUAUUGUUGUGGCGUAACCUUUUCCUUUUGGG